AAAUCCGCCCCUCCCCCACCCCCUCCCCAUUUAGGGGGGGAGGGGCGGGGUUUAGAGGCGCCCCCAAAAUUGGGGAGGGGGGGGGAAGGGGAGGGAGGGGCAAGGGCGUGGCCCCCGCCCCUCCCCCACCGCAGGCCCCGCCCCCUCCGAGCAUCGCCGGGACCGGAGCGGCCGCGGGUCCUGCACAGCCCCCCCAUGAAGGGCGAGCCCCCCCCCAGCAGCACCCUGAGCGUGGGCCAGGCCCGGAAAAUGGUGGAGCAGCUGAAGAUCGAGGCCAGCCUGUGCCGGGUGAAGGUGGCUCUGGGUGUUCCAGGUGUGUUUCCGGGGAUUCCAGGUGGUUUUGGGGGUUCCAGUUGUGAUUUUUGGGGGUCCCAGGUGUCCAAGGCGGCCGCGGAGCUGCUGAGCUACUGCGAGGCGCACGCGUGCGAGGACCCCCUGCUCACGCCCGUGCCCACCUCCGAGAAUCCCUUCCGCGAGAAGAAAUUCUUCUGCGCCCUCCUCUGAGCCCCCCCCGCGUUUUGGGGGACCCCCCCUCACAUUUCGGGACACCCCCGUAAAAUUUAACGCCGAUCUCACCCCAAAAAUGAGGCGGAAAUGAAGGGGGGGGGGGGUUCAUUUGGGGUCCCCCCCACAGCCGGGACCUCCCCCCUAAAUUGGGGACCCCCCCCCCCAAAAAGCCAUGGGUGGGGUCCCAGCUCAGAAUUUGGGGGGUUUUGAGGGUCCCCCCACCCCAAAAAGGCUUCAAGGAUGGACUCAGGGAAGGUUCUGGAGACCCCCCCCUAAAAUCACCCCCAAAUUCCCCCUCCCCUCAUCACUCCCCACCCCCCCCCUCAAAAUGGGGACCCCCAAACUUUAGGACACGCCCAAAAUUUCAUCUCUCACCUCCCCCAGCACCGACCCCCACCCCAAUUCCGGCUCUGAGGGACCCCCGGGGGGGUUAAAGGGGGGGGUUCCCCCCGUUUUGGGGUGCCCCCCCCCCAAAUAAACACUUGGCGGCACA